CUUACAGAGAUCAGUUUGUCAAAUUUCUUGUUUUGCCUCAGUUGUUCUGAAAUUCACUUGCAAGUAUCAUUAUAUUUUCAAGGAGGAAAUAUUGUAUUUCACUUGUUUUGUCAGGUUUCAUUCAGAAACAUUGAAAUCUUAUGCUCGUGUUCUUGCGACCUUAGUUUUUUCAUUAGAAAACCAGAAGCCAAUUGCAAGUUUUCAAGGAGAAAAAAAAAAAAAAUAGAAGACAAACAAAAUCACACAUGAGAAUACACAUUUUUUUUUCUCCUAAACUCACUUCCAAAUUCCAAUUCCUUCAAGAAUUGCUUUAAUAAAUAAAGAAACAAGAAUUGCUUUAUUAAAGCAACACGGUGGAUUCUAAUUGCUUGAAGACUUUGAGAGAGUCUCCAUACUUAUUCUUUUCUUAUUUGAAAGAACUCCAACUUCACUCCUCUUCUUUCCACUUCUCUUUCCUGCAACCUCCUUUUCUUUCUCCAUGGCAAUACAAGCCGCCUUGUCCCUUUGGGGGAAAAUUUCGAAUCUUCUUAUUCAAGAGUCUGAUUCGUUGCUUGGAUUUGAUGAUCAGAUUCAAUGGAUCGAAGCCCAAUUGCGAGAAUAUGCUGAUGAUUCUGAAAGAUUGAUGUUCCCCCCGGAGAUAGUAAUGGAGGUUAUGUACGACGUUGAAGAUUUGAUUGAAGAGUUGGAAAUCAGAUCAUACCAAAGAAGGAACAGAGAAGCUUUCAUUCGCAACAGAGAAGCUUUCAUUCGCAAUAUUAUGGGCUUUGUUCAUCUUCCAAAACAUUUCUUUUAUGUUUUAGCUCUCAUCGACUUGACAGAUUCUUAUAGAUUCUACAAGAAAUUGGGAGCAAUCGAACAUAACUUUUCUGCCAUAUUCAGCAUGUUUUUCCAUUCUGGUUUUUGGCAUAAUACCUUUAGCCCAUAUGAUUUGGAAAUAGGCAUGACAAUUGUUUCGCCUGUAAUUUCUAAGUUUGAAGCCUUAGCUACUAAGAGACAGCUCAGGCCUGCAGUUAGAAAGCAAGCCAGGCGGUUAAGAGAUGAAUUCAAGUCCUUGAAGGUCUUUCUAAAAGAUCUUGAAUCUCGAGAAACACUGAGUGAAAGGGGAAUGUCAUGGACGGAAGAACUUUGCGAUGUUUGUCGCUCCACUGAGAAUGUCGUUGGGCUCUUCUUGACUAAAAAUGAGAAAGAACGAAGAUAUGAAGCCAUUCAUCAAAGAACAUGGCACAGGGACCGAUAUCCAAGCCAUCAAAGAACAUGGCACAGGGACCGAUAUUCCAAGCAUAACUCCUCCUACUGCUAUCCUUAA